UGAGAGAGUUGACAGAGCCUCCUUUUAUAGUCUAUCUGCUAAGAAAAACUAUACCUUAGUACUGUGAGUGUGGGAGACUAGAGUGCGAGUGAGACUAGUCUAUUUUCCGCCAUUAUUUUGUCCGUACAUACCAUAUUGUCAAAGCUACAACCUUUGGAUUAUCACAAACGGCACCGGCUUAACCUAUUUUCUUUACUUUUAUCAUCUAUUUGCCUGCCCAGAAGCUCCGUCACCAUUGACCACUCUGCAAGCUUUCUAAAUCUCCAUUUUUCAUAUCUCAAUAACUACUCACUGGGGUACACGUACACCAUCACGACUCCAGCUUUUAUGACUAUGAGGAGGUUGUGAGAUACAUUUGUUCUGAUGAUUCAGUUACAUACCCUUUUUCAUAUUUUCCUAGCAUUUGAUGGUGCCUUUUCAUUGUAGAUACCAUUAGGUCUCGUAGUCUCAGUUAUCUCAAAUUCAACUCUGUUCCAUUUUUGCGGAGAGGAGCUUGUUUAUCUCCUCUUUCUCUUGUUAAGGAUUAAGGUGUGAGCAUUUUGGGUUGAGCCUUAUCAUCCCCUGAUAAUUAUCAAGUCAAUAAGAUACGAAGAAGCAGUGUAGCUGCCUUUGACUGAGAUUUUACUGGUUCAGUGCAAAUGGAGUUUCAAAGGCCUUCAAAUGAUGGAACUGAUCGUUGCUGUUUAACUUUUCUUAGAAUGGUUAGGGGUCUGUUUUGUUUGCUUGUGCUUAUUUUAACAGCAUUCAUGAUGUUAGUGUAUUGUGGCUUUAUGGGUGCUGUUAUAAUCCGAUUAGUAAGCAUAUAUUACAGCAGAAAAGUGACAUCCUUCUUCUUUGGUGCUUGGCUAGCUUUGUGGCCUUUCCUUUUUGAAAAGAUAAACAAGACUAAAGUCAUUUUUUCUGGAGAAACUCUUCCUGCUAAGGAACGUGUUUUGCUUAUUGCAAACCAUAGAACUGAAGUCGAUUGGAUGUACUUGUGGGACCUUGCAUGGCGAAAGGGAAGAGUGGGUUACAUAAAGUAUAUUCUAAAAAGCAGUUUGAUGAAGCUACCUUUAUUUGGUUGGUCAUUCCAAAUAUUGGAGUUCAUCCCCGUUGUGAGGAAGUGGGAGGUUGAUGAAUCUAUCAUGCGCCAAAUGCUUUCAACUUUUAAGGAUCCCAAAGAUCCUCUCUGGCUUGCUCUUUUCCCAGAAGGCACAGAUUACACUGAGCAGAAGUGCAUUCGUAGUCAGAGAUAUGCUGCAGAGAAUGGCCUACCGAUCCUAAAUAACGUGUUAAUUCCAAAAACAAAGGGUUUCUUUUCUUGUUUGGAAGGGUUAAGAGGAUCUAUCAAUGCAGUUUAUGAUAUAGCUAUUGCUUACAAGCAUGACUGCCCAACAUUUAUGGACAAUGUCUAUGGAGUGGCUCCUGCAGAAGUUCAUAUCCAUGUUCGACGCGUCUCUAUUGACAGCAUCCCGACUUCAGAAAACGAGGUCAAUACUUGGUUAAUCAACACAUUCCAUCUUAAGGAUCAGUUGCUCUCUGAUUUUCAUGCUCAAGGCCACUUCCCCAACGAAGGAACAGAACAGGACCUCUCUACUGCAAAGUGCCUAGUUAAUUUUGGGGCAGUAGCUCUCUUGACCAGCAUAUGUACGUACUUCACUUUUUUCUCCUCAAUUUGGUUUAAAGUUUACGUGUUCUUAGUGUGUGCAUAUCUUACAUGCGCUACCUAUUUCAACAUUCGACCAGUGCCUAUUGUUCACCUUGUCAAAUCUCUUUUUAAAAGCAAAUCAUCUUAACUCUCUCAUUUCUGUACCUCUAAUGUGAAUCCAAAUUCUUUACACAAAAAAAAAAAAGGCAUGGUCACAGUUUUGUAAUAGAUUUCUGCUGAUGAGGGUAACUUUUGAGAAUGCUUAUACCAAGUUCUUUGUUGGAAA